GAUCAUGCGCCCCGACGACGCCAACAUCGCGGGCAACGUGCACGGCGGCACCGUGCUGAAGAUGAUCGAGGAGGCGGGAGCCAUCAUCAGCACCCGGCACUGCAACUCCGGGCAGGGGGAGCCCUGCGUGGCCGCGCUGGCGCGCGUGGAGCGGACGGAUUUCCUCUCGCCCAUGUGCAUCGGCGAGGUGGCCAACGUCAGCGCCGAGAUCACCUACACCUCCAAGCACUCCGUGGAAGUCCAGGUCAACGUGAUGUCUGAAAACAUCUUAACAGGGGCAAAAAAGGUGACGAACAAAGCGACGCUGUGGUACGUGCCGCUGUCCUUGAAGAACGUGAACAAGGUGGUGGAGGUGCCCCCCAUCCAGUACGUGCGCAAGGAGCAGGAGGACGAGGGCAGGAAGCGCUACGAGGAGCAGAAGCUGGACCGGCUGGAGACCAAGCAGAGGAACGGCGAUGUGAUCCUCCCGGUGAUCAACCCAGAGCCGCACACGGUGGGCUACAGCCAGUCCAGCCUGAUCCACCUGGUGGGCCCGUCGGACUGCACGCUGCUCGGCUUCGUGCACGGAGGGGUCACCAUGAAGCUGAUGGACGAGGUCGCAGGGAUCGUGGCCGCCCGUCACUGCAAAACCAACAUCGUCACCGCCUCCGUGGACGCCAUCAACUUCCACGAGAAGAUCAAGAAAGGCAGCGUCAUCACCAUCUCCGGGCGCAUGACCUUCACGAGCAAUAAGUCCAUGGAAAUCGAAGUCUUUGUGGAUGCCGACCCGUUCGUGGACGAGCCGCAGGAGCGGUACCGAGCCGUCAGCGCCUUCUUCACCUACGUGUCGCUGAGCAAGGAGGGGAAGCCGCUGCCGGUGCCCCAGCUGCUGACGGAGAGCGAGGAGGAGAAGAGGCGCUUUGAGGAAGGGAAGGGCCGGUACCUGCAGACCAAAGCCAAGCGGCAGGCGCAGAUGCAGCAGGCCGCCCAGCACUGAGGGCCCCGCGCGCCGCUCAGCCAAACCUCCCCGUCCCCAUUCGUGUUGUGUUGCGUGUGCGGGGCCUCGUGCCGCGGCCGUGCCGCCGGAGCGGGCUCCUGUGCGGAGCUGGUGCUGCAGGAGGGCUGUGCCGCGCUGGCUGCGCCGCUUCCCCCCCUCGCCCCGUGUCUUAGACGGCUUAGGAGCUCCUGCUGCCUGGCUGCCGGGAGCGUUCGCAUCCCUUUGUCGUGCUGAACCCCGUGUCGCGGUUUAAGCUGCCUGCGCCGGAGCCGUGCAGGCGCACGUGGCCGCAGGAGGGACGCACGAGGCCCCGAGUCUUUGUGAUGCUGUGUUACACUUACAGGAUGUCCUCAAAACGUACACCAAAGCUUAUUUAUGAUACUCGCAGCUCUCAACGCGACCAAGUAUUGUAUUGAAUGUCUCAGCCCAUUCCAUUGAAAUCUCUAGGUAGUUUCUCUGUGCGCAUCCAAGUUAUUUAAGGAAUACUGUGACAUAAAUAAAGUCUGUCAUCUUUGACUGAAAUAAAA